AAAAUGCUAAUUAGCAUCAAAGUAAAAUCAUGCAAAAGUACAAUUCCCUGCAAGCUCCUGCAUGUCAUCUCUAGCUGACACCUUUGCUAACAGGUAUUAUGACAAUAUAAAACUUUGCACAAAACAGUUCACAGACUUGUGAAUUUAAAGACAUUUUAGCAAUUUUAGCAAUUUAUUCAUUACUACAUUUAGCUAACAUUAAAGUUAAUGCAGAGAUUCUUAUUUUUGCCUCGAUUCAGGAGUCCUCUGUCAGAGUCUAGGUGAUGUGGGUAAUGCGGAGUCAGGCGCAGGACACAGAGAUGAGUAAUAAUAGUAACUUUACUCAAAAAUAAUCUUCCAACAAGGAGAAUGAAAAUCCAGAAUCACAUAAACGAGACAACUGACAACAUUAAACACGCACAAAACCAUGAUGGCUCCAGAGGGUUAAAUAGGGAAAUAAUUCAAACGUAAUGGGAACCAGGUGUGUACAAUACAGACAAAACAAAUUGAAAAAUAAAUGUAGAUCAGUGGAGGCUAGAAAGCCGGUGACGUCGACCACCGAACGCUGGCUGAACAAGGAGAGGCACCAACUUUGGCGGAAUGGAGGAUUGGUUGAUUUCUAGUUUUUAAGUAUACGUUUUUUCAAGAUGAUUGACGUUCAACCCAUCGGGUAUCUCGCUUCACCGAUAUGUUAUGUCUUGAAAUAUGCAGACAGACAGAUUAAAGGUCAAUUUACACUUUCUAACUCCGCCCAUAACUUUUGGACUUCAUAGCAUUCCCAGAAGGCCUGGAUUAUUGAGUCAUUGUCAGUUUUACACUUAAGACAUGACUGCGGUUGUGCUGUCGAAUUUGUGAAUUUUGUAGAGUAAAUUCUAUACAUUAUACAUAAACUGGAUUAAGUGUACAUUUUCAUUUCCUGCAAUUUACCUAUCAUAUGAAUAUCCUUUUCUGUCUUAAAUAGCAUUCUCUCAAGAUUGCUCUGAUGUCCCAAAAUAUUUCAAAUACAGAUUUUGUGAUAUGAAACCUUUAAAUUAAUUUGAAAAUAGCUACAUUAGCCGGUCCAAAAUGUAUUUGGAAUUCUGUCAUGGAACUUUUUACAUUUCCUAUAACCAAGUCAUUUACCUGUAGUUUUCCAUGUGAACCAAUUUAUCAGUGAAUUCUGAAAAGCUAUUGAAGGAUUGUUCCAUAAGGUUGUGUUUUUAGGGAGUGAUAUUGUUUCUUGUAGAAUAUGUUUAAUUUUCUUCCAUAUUGUUAUAAUGUUCUUAACUAUGAAGUUGUUAAUGUUCUUAGAUUUAUCUUUUGAAAAUUGACACAUUAAAAGGUUUUGGGAAUUUGUAUGGCCAUCUUCAAUAUGUACCCAUUGUUCCUCUUUAGUUUAUUUAACUAUAUGUCGCAGGUAAAAGUCCUGGGUGGCGACUUGAUACAAUUUCAAGUCUGGAAGGUGAGAAUCUCUGGUAGUUUAACCUGUGAAACUCUGAGCUGUUGUUUUGGAACUUAAGUGGUACCCACUCUGUCAAUUUCAGUCAGAAAAUACAAAGUAAUACAAAAUACAAAGUACAUAUAAUUCUAAAGCAACAACACUUGUCUUUUCGCUGGGGAAGUCAUAAGAAUGCCCCCCCCCCUCCUCUACAGGCCAUAAAUCAUGCACUACAGCCAUAUUUAUAUGGUAUGCGAUGUAGGGAAAGUCACAGAAAGUGCAAAACUGUUGUAUGCAGGGUCAUCAUAAUGCAUUUCUUUUCCAUCAACAUUUAAUGUUAUAUUUACUCUCAUCCAGAGAAGUUUACAGGAGCAAUUAGGGUUAAGUGCAUUGCUCAAGGGCACAUCAACAUAUUUUUCACCUAGUUGUCUCUGAGAUUCAAACCAGUGACCUUUUGAUUCCUGGCCAAACGCUCUUAACCGCUAGGCUACCAGCCGCCCUGAUAUUAUCUUGAAUGCAUCCUCCAUAUGUGCCGCUGAUCUAUCUCACUCAUUUCAAAUGGGGGAAAAUACGUUUUAGAACUUGAAAGGCCUAAUCGCUCGGGUCAUUUUAUGAUGUCAGGCUUGAGAAUCCGUUCAGACAUUUUCGCACAGUGAGGUACUACCCAAACCAGAUCAAACCAGACACUUUUGGUUUCAAGUGGCCAAGUCACGUCAUGGACUAACUGGGAAUCAGACAUGAGAUCUAAUUGCAUCAGUGAAAAGGUUACGACUUCAGAUUUCUCCUCGUAUGUACAUCAUUCCUGUAAAACAAAAAAUGAAGGCAUGGCACUACGAUGAAAAUAAAACCUAAUAUAACUCAAACGGAAAGCAUUUGCAUUUUUGCGCAGUCAGCACAAUACAGAUUUGAUUUCAAACCUAGACUUUCAUAUCUCUUAUUCCUCGAGAUGGGGACAAUUUGUGUUUGUAGGAAUUAUAGAAUGCAAUCUAAAUAUAUCUAAUGAAGGUAGUUCAGAAUAUACAGUAUGUGUCGCUUAGAGAAUGCUAAAGAGUUUAACAGGUUAACCUAUUUCUUAGGCUAUUUUUGCACAUUUUGAUCUUGCCUAUGGUGGCAAAAUUGCUAAGACCCGGGGCAUCAAAGCGAGCUGUGUCACAUAUACCUACAAUAAUAUUGCGGGACUGCGGUCGGGUUGGAGACCAGUUCUUGCGGUGGGUUGGAGACCAGUUCUUGCGGUGGGUUGGAGACCAGUUCUUGCGGUGGGUUGGAGACCAGUUCUUGCGGUGGGUUGGAGACCAGUUCUUGCAGGUGGGUUGGAGACCAUUUCUUGCGGUGGGUUGGAGACCCGUUCUUGCUGUGGGUUAGACCAGUUAUUGCGGUGGGUUGGAGACCAGUUCUUGCGGUGGUUUGGAGACCAGUUCUUGCGGUGGGUUGGAGACCAGUUCUUGCGGUGGGUUAGACCAGUUAUUGCGGUGGGUUGGAGACCAGUUCUUGCGGUGGGUUGGAGACCAGUUCUUGCGGUGGGUUGGAGACCAGUUCUUGCGGUCGGGUUGGAGACCAGUUCUUGCGGUGGGUUAGACCAGUCCUUGCGGUGGGUUAGACCAGUUCUUGCAGUGGGUUGGAGACCAGUUCUUGCGGUGGGUGGAGACCAGUUCUUGCGGUGGAUUAGACCAGUUCUUGCGGUGGGUGGAGACCAGUUCUUGCGGUGGAUUAGACCAGUUAUUGCGGUGGAUUAGACCAGUUCUUGCAGUGGGUUGGAGACCAGUUCUUGCGGUGGAUUAGACCAGUUAUUGCAGUGGGUUGGAGACCAGUUCUUGCGGUGGAUUAGACCAGUGAUUGCGGGAGCAGGUGGGAGUCGGACAAGAAGUCAACAGGAGCAGGCGGGCGCUGUAUUAAAAUCAGUGGGAGCGGGCUGGAGCGGGAUGAAGAAAUCAGUCCUGUGCAGACCUUUAACCCAACACAGAUGAGCAUUGCAGAUUAUCUGACUGGCAUUUUUGGGCUGUUGUUAUCAGAAGGUUUUGCCAAAUAGAUCUGGUAAGAUCCAAGGAAAAAUGUAAUUGAAUAAAACUUCCAAGUAAAGUAUGGUGUAGAGGACUAUCCAAAUUACUGACCACGUGUCCUGCAGGCUGCAACCCUUUCUUAAGUGUGUUAUUGUAAUGUUUUACACAUUCGAAAGUCUAUCAGUCUGUCACACAAUGUUAUGCAAAUUAGUUGCUGUAUGUGAGGCAUGCUGGGGGAGAGUUUUGGUGAGGCAUUGUGUGGAAGAUAAGUGCUGGGGUGCACUGUCUGUGUUCAUCCAAAUAAAUGACAACUUGAUUAUUUUAUGGGAAAUCAGUGUCCUAGACUGUUUAAUCUAGUCAACAAACUCCUUGCGAUUUUCGGUGGUCUUACAGGCUCGUUACAGUAUGUUACCAGAUGGUGGUUGAAAGUUGUGGUGAUUCAUAUUAAAGGUGACUGGAAAGCCAACCUGACCUGUUUAGAACACGCACAGUCGGUCUCUCUCUCUCUCUCUCUCUCUCUCUCUCUCUCUCUCUCUCUCUCUCUCUCUCUCUCUCUCUCUCUCUCUCUCUCUCCAUCUAGCACUGGCACUAGCUGUUUAAGUCCAGACUUCACUUUCGCCUUGUCUGCAUCUAAACUUUCCUUUUCUGUGGAGUGUUACACCUGUUCUAACCUGCCUCAAUUACACCUUGUAGUUGAAUGGAAUUCUAAAAUAUAUUUUUUCCUGUCAAGUUAGAAUAAGGAUUCUUAUGAAAAUUAGAACAGUUGUCUGUUAAACACUGCCACAUCUUAGUUGUGCUUACUAUGAUGUCCUUUUAAUUCAGUGGUUUAUCCUCACGAGAGAUGUCCGUGUGUGUUUGUUUGGGGUUGGUAUGCUGCCUGUUGCUAUUGGUUGUUAUGAAUACACUGAUAAGCUGUUGUCGUAGUAUCUGAGCUACACCACACACACACACAGGGAGCCUGCCUGAGUUUGUUCCCUUGUCCUGGUAUGACCUCCGCCUUGCCGACACCACAUGGUCAUCUUUAGAGAGGAGAGAGAGAAGAGGGAGUUCUCUCUGAGAAGAGGCUGAGAAAGAGUGGGGAAAGGAAGAGAAGUUGCUGGGAGAGAGUGAAAGAGAGGCUAGAGGAUAGAAAAGGGGAGGAUAUGGGAGAGAUAUAGAUAGAAAUUACAGAGGGAACGAGAGAGAGAGAGAAAGAGAGGGAAAGUGAGAGAGAGAGAAGGGCUGGGUGUCUACUCGUCAGAGUCAGGGGUGUGUUUCUUCUCCACCCCAAACACACACAACUCGUGCCACUACUUCUGUAUGCCAGGGAGUAGAGAGUUACUGGAGCAGAACCACUGUGGGCUGGUGCUACACUCAUGCAGCAGUAGUCGACCACCUGACUGUGUUUUGGUGUUUCACAAUGCUGGGUUGGUUCAUUAGGGUACGAAACGGAAAACGUCUGAAAACAUUUUGCAACAGAAAACGUACAUUUGGGUUUAUUGUAAAAGUGUAGGUAGUCCGUCCUUUUUUCAGUCCAUUUUCUUCCGUUUCGUGCCUAAUGAACACAAGCCCGGAAAGUGUGGCAUGGCUUAGGGCGAAUUCUGUCAUGGUUUGUGUACAUUGAGUUAGUUGGAGAAAUCACAGCUUAGGGAAAUCACAGCCCCAAAUCACAGCUUAGGGAAAUCACAGCCCCAAAUCACAGCUUAGGGAAAUCACAGCCCCAAAUCACAGCUUAGGGAAAUCACAGCCCCAAAUCACAGCUUAGGGAAAUCACAGCCCCAAAUCACAGCUUAGGGAAAUCACAGCCCCAAAUCACAGCUUAGGGAAAUCACAGCCCCAAAUCACAGCUUAGGGAAAUCACAGCCCCAAAUCACAGCUUAGAUAAUAAAAAUACUCUGCAACUCUCGUCUUGUUAUAAAACUGAUACUUUUAAUAUAUAUAUAUUUUUAAGAUUGACGUUUGCUCAUAGCGUUAUGACACAGUGUUCAUAAAAAGCUAGCGUAACGUGACUAUAGAGGCUAGGACAAGUGUUUGUAGUUUGAACUAUGAGGUGACUUGGAGGAAUCAUUGGAGCUAUGACUGAUGCCAGACAGACAGGAGUGUGUGCUUUGCAUUACAGUCAGGGUCCAUUAAGAUGCUAAAUAAUUAUACCAGUGAUUUGAAUUCAGUCAUAUGUUCUUGUUGUCUCUCAUGCAAUAUCAUCUCAGAGUGAUUGUAUUUUCUGUCUAACUCUGACCCUGUCUACUUCUGUAUGAAUAGAAUACAAUAGAAAACAAUAUAAUACAUGUGUUAGGCCUAAUUUUGUUAAUCAACUUUUCCAUAAUGUUGAAUACGCCAUUAAUAAACAUAUUAAUAAAUAACAUGUUGUUUCCCACACCCAGUUUGUGAGUGGCAUUUAAAGGGUUAAUAUCUCAGACAGACACAGCUCAGUGGACACAUCUAUCUCUUCUUCCUCAGCUCAGCUCCAGUCUGGUGCGUCUACGUUGUCCAGUCCACAGUUUGUGUGUGUCCCCCGUUCGUAGGGGCUAGAGUAAAAGCCCACAUAGGAGCUCCUUUGUUUAGGAGGGACUAGGCAUGGGAGAUCAUUUACAAGCCGCUGACGCCCUCACCCCAUUGGCUGGCGGGGCUCAGUCUGUGUCUGCGAGAGGCAUGCCGUGUGUGCGUGUGUGUGUGUUUACGUGAGUGUGUGUGUAUGUCUGUGUUCGUGUCUGCGGCAACAGCAGUUCUCUACACAGUGUCUCACAGGCAGACAGGCAGGCAGCCUCUCUCUGCUCUGGCGAUGGUAGUGGAGAGCUCAGCUCGCCCUCCUCUCAGAGACGGCUGUUAUAGUAGCCUGCUAUUCUUCUAUCUAGAGCUGAGGGGAGCAAAGCAAAGCAAGAUGGCUACCGGUACCUUGUAGGAAUAUAAUACUACCCAAACUGGAGGUUCUGCCUCUGAGGACAGACAAGGUGGCGUGCAAGGACGUGGCCAAAGGAGCGUUAAAGAAACCAGUUUCCACGGUGGUUCCAGAGGGCGUCGCAAUAAAUGGCAGAAGCCCUGUCCAGAUGGUAAAGGAAAGCUAUACGGCAGAGGAGGAGUGUCACAUACCUCCCACACACCCCCAGACACACCCUCACACACACCCUCCCCACGCCCACACUCUCACCCCAAUCCUAGAUGGCCGACCAGCAGUACUUAUCAAGAGAGAGCCUGGCCUGGAGGACACCAACGAUGCACUUCUUCUGCAACACCACUACUCUUCAUCUUUUCACAAUGGUGCUGACGAAAACCUGUCUAAAACCAACACUGCUCCAGUGUCACCAGAUUCCCAAAAGACUACAAGACUAUUAGAGUCCCAAAGGACUACAAAAACCACAUACCCCAAAGGCAGCUCUGAGCCCAAUGAUGCACUUCCGGAUGACACCAUGACCGUUCCUCUGAAGAAGAUAAAGUUGGAGGAGUCGUGGGUGUGGUCUACAGAGCAGUCCUCCACCCUACUAGGGGGCAAUGAUGACGAUGUCUAUGUGGACGCUCUGUCCACACUAGCAGCAGUUGUAUGUUUCUCUAUCACAGAUAGGAAGGGGCUGGAGGACAAGCUGUUUAGCUCCCGUUCCCCGGUGCUACACUCGUUAAAAACAGAGCCGGAUGACUUUAAGGUAGACCUACUCCUGAGAAGCACUCCCAUCAGUCCACGGAAAGCUCUUGACAUUAUUGUCAAACGAGAGCAACCCUCUCCAGAUCUCUCUCUGCCAAGCAUCCAGUCGUUGGUGCAAGAGAGGAAUAUUAGCAAUGACCAAGCUAUUGCUAUCGAGGCGCUAACCUUACUGGCAUCUAUCCCCCAAAACCCCCCAGAACCCUUUAGAAUGGACGCACAUGGUCAAAACCCCACCACAUCUUCCAUGCACUUAUCCAGUAGAAACACCUCUCUCCAGGAUGUCAAACCCCCUACAGGUUUCCUCCCCAACAAAGUUCUAAUCAUCAGCUCCCCUCUGCACCAGACCUCAGUCAUACGCUCCCCUCUGCACCAGACCUCAGUCAUCAGGUCCCCGGUGGCCAGACAGAGUCUUGUCAUCCAGUGUCAUUCCCGUAGCCCCGCAGCCACUGGCAAGCUGUCCCUACAGGACCUGCUAGAAGCCAGCUCGGACUGUGGCAGACUUCCCUACGACAGCACCGAGAGAGCAGGACAACACCUGUACAGGAGAGCAGACCAAGACCUUAGUUCUCACCAUAACAGGUCCGAAGGCACUUUCAGAGAGCGGAAAGACAUGGAGAGGAAUAGUAAGGAAACAACAGAGAGGACGGUGGGUAAGAGCGGGAGGAACAGGGAUGAGGAAGAGGUGGCGGCUCAACUGGCCGAGUUGGCAUUCAUCAUCCAAUCACGUCACAAGCAGCAGGGUUUCCAACCCUCCCAGCACUCUGAGAACAACCCUCCCAGAGGAACGCCAGUCUCGGCCAUCAAGUACAACUACAAUUCCCAGCAUGCACCACCCAACAACAAGAAAAUCCCUGUGAGGAAACCAAGUUCCACACCUUCCAAACCUAGGAAGAAGAAGGGGAUGGAAGGGGUUGAAGAGGAGGGCUACAACCCCAACAACAAGAUCCCCAUGUCCAAAAGGACACCCAACGGCAAGACCCCCCACAGAGCCAGGGUCCAGAAGGUUCUGCCCCAGCCGAAGACAUUGUCGCUCAGCCACAAGAGGAGCCUGUUCCUGCCUCAGACUCAAAUGGAUCUAAAGAGAUACCUGGCUGAGGCUCAGGAGGAACAACGGCAGCUCUUUUACUACAGCAACAGCCACAGUGGGGUCAAAUACCACAAAACCUCUGGAGCCGUCAUUCGUGGUCUAGGUUAUGGUCAUGACAACCAACAGUGGUCGCAUUUGAACGGUCACCACAAUGGUCCUCUGAACGGUCACCUGGACCCUUUACAGGGACAAGGAGUUGGACAGGGACAUGAGUGUGAAAGACGAUUGUAUUCUCAGGUAUCGCAGCCCUACGUUUGGCAGCAGCACGGUGCUAACCUAAAGGCUAGCUCCACCAACCCCAGUUUCACCAGUUUAGACUCUAACAACCACAGAACUGGGUUGAACCAUAGUUUACCCAACGGCUACUCCUCUGGGGGUCAACGGCAGGGGUAUUACAAGGUGGAGAAGUCUGGUCCGGUCACCAUCUUGUCCACGUCAACUGAUGGUGCUUUGGACCUAUCAGAGGAGUUGACGCCAACCAAACACAACGUAAACAGCUUCCUGGAAUCACCCCUCAUAUUCCUGGACACGCCCACUAAGAACCUGCUCAACACCCCCUCUAAGAAACUCUCUGAGAUCCCCUCCUGUGGCUGCAUGGAGCAAAUCAUAGAGAAGGAGGAGGGUCCGUACUACACUCAUCUUGGUGCUGGACCCAGUGUGUCAGCCGUCAGAGAGAUGAUGGAGAACAGGUAUGGAGAGAAAGGGCAGGCAGUAAGGCUGGAGGUGGUGGUGUACACUGGGAAAGAAGGACGCAGUUCCCAGGGUUGUCCCAUCGCCAAGUGGGUGAUCCGUCGGGGGAGUGAGGAGGAGAAGCUGCUGUGUCUGGUGAGACACCGGGCAGGGCACCGCUGUGAGAGUGCCGUGGUGGUGAUCCUCAUCCUGGCAUGGGAGGGCAUCCCCCGGGGCGUGGCAGACAGUCUGUACCAAGAACUCACUCAGACCCUCUGUAAAUACGGCUCCCCCACCAGUCGACGCUGCGCCCUCAACGAGGAUCGGACGUGUGCGUGCCAGGGUUUGGACCCAGACACUUGUGGCGCCUCGUUCUCCUUCGGCUGCUCCUGGAGUAUGUACUUCAACGGCUGCAAGUUCGCCCGCAGCAAGAUCCCCCGAAAGUACCGCCUGCUGGGAGAUAUGCCACAGGAGGAGGAGAAGCUGGAGAAUCGGCUGCAGAACCUGGCUACAGACCUGGGUCCUGUCUACCAGAGACUGGCCCCGGAGGCUUUCCAAAACCAGGUGGAUCAGGAGCAGGCGGGCCAGGACUGCAGGCUGGGUCGGAGGGCGGGCCGACCUUUCUCCGGGGUCACGGCGUGUGUGGAUUUCUGUGCCCACGCUCACAAAGACACACACAACAUGAACAAUGGCAGCACUGUGGUUUGCACUUUAACCAAGGAGGACAACCGUGCGGUGCGUAACGUCCCUGAGGACGAACAGCUCCACGUCUUGCCCCUUUAUAAGAUCUCACAGAGGGAUGAGUUUGGCCGUGCCGAUGGCCAGUGGGCCAAGAUCCAGACUGGGGCCCUGCAGGUGCUCUCAGCCUUCCCCAGAGAGGUGCGUCUGCUGGCUGAGCCGGUGAAAUCAGCCCGUAAGAGGAAGCAGGAGGCCAAGCUGAAGGCCCAGGCUGACAAACAAGCUGCAGCUCAGGACAGGAAGCCUGGACAGAGUCCACUAACCCCGGGCAAGGUCAAGACUGCCAACAAAGGUUUGAAAAGUGCUUCUUCAGCAGAUCAGUCCCCCUUGUUCAAAAAAGAGCCUCAGUCCUUCAGCUCUUACAGACCAGGAAAUGUGGGUGCGUAUGUACCAGACUCUAACUCCCCUAGCGCUUACAACCACAGCACCCCCACCUACCCCACUCCUCCUGGAAGAUCAACACCAGGGAUGGAGUCUCUUUCCCCCCAUCGCCCCGGCCUGCCUGCCCCCCAGUACAGAGGGCCACCAGGGACCCAGAGCAAUGGUUCCCCAUUCCAUUACAAGACAAUGGAAGAGGCUGUGGCUGUGAAUGGUUACUCCCCAGGACUCAGCAGAAAGCAGCUGGUGGACCCUGACACAUGUCGGACCCCCCCAGGAAUGCCCCGGGGUGGCGACUACUCCCCCAGGAUUUUUAAAACGGAGCCCAACAAGGUGCACUGCUCCCCUCUCCUCAGACCCCCUCACAGCCACAGCACUCCUCCUCCCUCCUCCUCCACCCACACCCACCCAGAGGGCCUCCACAGCAGGCUCAAUGGUCUCCUCAGGGCGAAGGCGGAGCUGGGAGUCAAGGACGAAGUUAGAGGUCAUGUAGGUCAUGUUAUUCCGCACAGUGUCCCCCAUCCUCCUCAUCAGGCCCCUUCCCCUCUCUUCCCCAACCCAAAAGAGGUCAAACAGGAACAGGAAGAGGUGUGGUCGGACAGCGAGCACAACUUCCUGGACAGUGAUAUCGGUGGGGUGGCGGUGGCUCCCUCCCACGGUUCCAUCCUGAUCGAAUGCGCCCGCCGAGAGCUCCAUGCCACCACACCCAUCCUCCGGCCCGACCGCAGCCACCCCACCCGCAUCUCCCUGGUCUUCUACCAGCACAAGUCCCUCAAUGAGCCCGACCACGGCCUGCACAUGUGGGAGGCCAAGAAGGCCCGGAGGGAGCGGGAGAGAGAGGAGGAGGCUGAGAGGCUGGGGAUGGGCCUAGACCUGGAAGAGGUUAGCCCGGUCAAGGGGAAGAGGGGGAAUGGGGCCGGCAGUGAGAGUGUGGAGCCUGAGGAGGAGGUAGAGGAGGAGGGCCCGGAGGAGAAGAAGGGUGUGUUGACAGUUCCUACCCGGAAGGCGGUGACUGUCCCACGGGAUGGGGUGGUCACUGUUUCCCCUUAUGCUCUGACACAGGUCACGGGCCCUUACAACCGCUGGACAUGAGAUGAUACUGUUAUGUACACACACAGACACAUACAACAAAUACAUUUGAACACACACCACCCUGUGCUACUGCCUUACCUCAAUCAACAUUACACUUCUAGUCUCGUUAUGUGUUAUUUCAUUGUGUUACUUUUUCUAAUGUAUGUCUGUUUAUUUUUAUUUCUCUUUGUCUCUGCUUUCAAAGUGAUGAGGAAGACUAUCAUUUGUGGGGUUUUAACUGUGAGUUUUGGUAUUUGAUGAUAAAACAUUUUGAUCUGGUUUUUCAUGUAAAGAGAUGGUGCACAGAACCAAUUUUUUAAACUGGUUUUAUAUAGGAAUUGAUUAAUAGGAACAAACAAGAUGUGAUUAUUUAUUCUGAUUAUUUUUGUACUUUUUUUGGUGCAAGGCUAUUUACUGCAAUUUUACUGUCAACCAGCAUUUUACACUAGUAAACACUCAUGUUAAGUCUCUGAGUGCUCUUUUCACAAGAGGAGUUUUAUCAAUGAUUGAUUUAUAUAAUGGUGCCAUUUGUAGCAGCAACUUUUGAUAAACAGACCACAUAUUACACAGUAUGUAGUUUUAUGUGAAAAGAAUGAACACAUGUAGCAUGGUGCUUUUCCUUCCCUUCCCUGUUCCUCUAUUGGUAGUCAUGAAGGAACAGUACUUCCCCGUUCCUCUAUUGGUGGUCAUGAAGGAACAGUACUUCCCCGUUCCUCUAUUGGUGGUCAUGAAGGAACAGUACUUCCCCGUUCCUCUAUUGGUGGUCAUGAAGGAACAGUACUUCCCCGUUCCUCUAUUGGUGGUCAUGAAGGAACAGUACUUCCCCGUUCCUCUAUUGGUGGUCAUGAAGGAACAGUACUUCCCCGUUCCUCUAUUAGUGGUCAUGAAGGAACAGUACUUCCCCGUUCCUCUAUUGGUAGUCAUGAAGGAACAGUACUUCCCCGUUCCUCUAUUGGUAGUCAUGAAGGAACAGUACUUCCCCGUUCCUCUAUUGGUGGUCAUGAAGGAACAGUACUUCCCCGUUCCUCUAUUGGUGGUCAUGAAGGAACAGUACUUCCCCGUUCCUCUAUUAGUGGUCAUGAAGGAACAGUACUUCCCCGUUCCUCUAUUAGUGGUCAUGAAGGAACAGUACUUCCCCGUUCCUCUAUUGGUAGUCAUGAAGGAACAGUACUUCCCCGUUCCUCUAUUGGUGGUCAUGAAGGAACAGUACUUCCCCGUUCCUCUAUUGGUAGUCAUGAAGGAACAGUACUUCCCCGUUCCUCUAUUGGUGGUCAUGAAGGAACAGUACUUCCCCGUUCCUCUAUUGGUAGUCAUGAAGGAACAGUACUUCCCCGUUCCUCUAUUAGUGGUCAUGAAGGAACAGUACUUCCCCGUUCCUCUAUUGGUGGUCAUGAAGGAACAGUACUUCCCCGUUCCUCUAUUAGUGGUCAUGAAGGAACAGUACUUCCCCGUUCCUCUAUUGGUGGUCAUGAAGGAACAGUACUUCCCCGUUCCUCUAUUAGUGGUCAUGAAGGAACAGUACUUCCCCGUUCCUCUAUUAGUGGUCAUGAAGGAACAGUACUUCCCCGUUCCUCUAUUGGUAGUCAUGAAGGAACAGUACUUCCCCGUUCCUCUAUUGGUAGUCAUGAAGGAACAGUACUUCCCCGUUCCUCUAUUG